ACCGCUUUAGAUAAAAAAGUACAUACAUAAAAUAACAAGAGAGAACGUUAGAUAUCCGGGACAUACGACAGUCGUGUAAACAGACUCUCGGAAAGGUUCGUUUUGAAAUGUGUGUGACGGAAAUAGCCGAGUUGAGGCGGACCUGUCCGGAACAUCCGGCUGGGGCUCCUCAACAUAAACAGAAAUGGCGGAGGCAGCAGCAGCGUCUACGGCGGCGGUAACAGGAGGUUGGACCAAACACGUAACCUGCCGAUACUUCAUGCAUGGUCUUUGCAAAGAAGGAGACAACUGCCGGUAUUCCCAUGAUCUGACCAGCAGCAAACCUGCAACCAUGAUAUGCAAGUUCUUUCAGAAAGGAAACUGCGUGUACGGAGACCGCUGCAGGUUUGAACACAGUAAAGUUGCGCGGAAAGAGGAGCUGCCAACCUCCCAGACGCUGCUGCCGGCCUCCGCCUCGCUGUCUGACCCGUCACACGCAGAACCCAGUGGGCUGACACCCGCACAAGGGGGGCAGGACUGGGUCAACGCAGCCGAGUUUGUUCCUGGACAGCCGUACUGUGGACGCCCUGCCCUUCCUGAAAUUGGGGGUGGUGGUGUAAACCUCAGAGGGUCCCACCACCACCCGCUGUCUGACUGUUUAAGGCCGCAGGGUCAGACUCCAGGCCUCAACGCCGAGCCGGUGAAAGGGGAAAGCUCUGUUCCUCUCAUCGAGGAGUUUGACCCGGACGCGGCGCUGGAGAACAAAGACCUGAGGAAGGAGCUCUGUCCCUAUGCUGCCGUUGGAGAGUGUCGCUAUGGGAUCAACUGUGCCUAUCUCCAUGGCGACGUGUGUGACAUGUGUGGGCUUCAGGUCCUCCACCCCACCGACAACAACCAGCGCUCAGAGCACACCAAGGCUUGCAUUGAAGCGCAUGAGAAAGACAUGGAGAUCUCUUUUGCCAUCCAGCGCAGCAAAGACAUGAUGUGUGGCGUCUGCAUGGAGGUGGUGUUCGAGAAAACCAACCCCAGCGAGCGCCGCUUUGGGAUCCUCUCCAACUGUAGCCACUGUUACUGUCUCAAGUGCAUUCGCAAGUGGAGGAGUGCUAAGCAGUUUGAGAGCAAAAUUAUCAAGUCCUGUCCUGAGUGUCGCAUCACCUCCAACUUUGUGAUCCCAAGCGAGUACUGGGUGGAGGACAAGGAGGACAAGCAGAAGCUGAUUCAGAAAUACAAAGAUGGCAUGAGGAACAAACCGUGUCGGUACUUUGACGAGGGCCGUGGGACCUGCCCCUUCGGCUCCAACUGCUUCUACAAGCACGCCUUUCCUGAUGGGCGUCUGGAGGAGGCUCAACCACAGCGCAGACAGACCGGCUCCAGCAGCAGAAACCGGAGCUCGCGGAGAACCCCACUGUGGGACAUUCUGGACGAGCGGGAAAGCCCGGACUCGCUUGACAACGAGGACGAGGACCUGGUGACGCUGGAGCUGAGCGAGAUGCUCCUCAUGCUGCUCACCGCAGGAACGGACGACGAGGUGACGGACUCGGAGGACGAGUGGGAUUUGUUUCACGAGGAGCUGGACGAUUUCUACGAGAUUUACCUAUAGCAGUCCCCCCCCCGACCCCCGACCCCCCUCCAUUUAUGCUAGACACUAGAAUGGACUGUCUUGUGCAAGUUAUGGACAGUAGCUCCCUCUGUGUUGUGGCAGUGCCUUGAAGCAGGCCAUUCAUAACUGAACUUCUAAAACGCUAAAAAAAAAAAAAACCACCUCAGUGCGCUCGUGCUAAAUAUUUUAUAGACCUCUAUCCUCGUGACUCCUUCCUGUUUGUGUCCAUGAGAAGAAGAGUAACUGUUGCUAAUAAACUGGGUCAGGUUUGUACAUAUUCUGACAGUCUGAUGAUGCACUUGAACUACUCUUACUGUAAUCCAGCUGGGCAUGUGGUCAGGUUUUACAGGCGCUUUCUGAAGGCCGGAUCUUCUCCUGUUUGUUUAUAAAAGCUGCUCAGAGCCAAUAUAUUGUGCUGAUGUUUAAUAAAUUGACAGUAAUCAUUUUCA